AACGUUUUGAAAUUCAGUUUCUGACUCGCAGUCGCCGAUAUCGGACGUGAGCGUCUCGCGUGUUUGUCUGUGGAAUCGAACAAAAAAUUCUGAACGGAAUACGAGACUUUUUCAAGACUGAGCAUGUGAAUCGCCAAGAUAUAUGAGCAAAUUAUAUUCGAAAAUACAACAAAAAUCAUAAUCACUUCGCGCGCCGUGCAAAGCCCCCACAAAUGUUUUGAAAAACAAAACCAUAUAAAUUCAGUGUUCAGUGUCAACAAAAAAUAAUAAAAGUUAUCAGCAAGCAAAAAAGGAAAUUAAUAAGCAAUAAUUUCUUGCAAAUAAUUGGCCCGAUUAGUUAGCAAAACAGACAGAAAUAAAUCACAUUUUAUUCACGAACCUCCAUUGGACUACGCAUAAAAAAAGAAAAGCGGCUCAAAGGCCGCCGAUGAAGGCUGUCCAGAUGACAGCGAUCGGGCAGCGAAUUUGACACGCACCCAAAACUUCAAAGCGACUCGAAACCGUAGCGGGGAAACCCCAUAGAUAAUCCCACGAAAUUCGAAGAGCGAGGAUCCCCCGACAAGCCCAAGUCACGCGAAUUCAAUGUGGAAAAUGCUGGAUAUGAUGGACCUCUCCGAAGCCGAGCUCUUCAUGUUCGACUGCGACGAUUGCUCGGGCAUGCCCCUGGCCCCGCCGCCCCAGUUCCUCAUCCCGCCGCCACCCAGACCGCCAGCCCUGGCGGAAUAUACGGUGGUGCCCCAGGACUGUAAUGAGGAGGCACUGGCCCAGCAGCAGUGGGACAGCGAUGUCUGCCAGGCAAUGCCGAUCUUGGAUGCCAGCCUGUACAGCAGUCAGUCGCUGGCCACAUCGGCCAUGAUAGCCGUGUUCGCGCUGCUCUUGGUCUUGAUUGUUCUCAUCUCGUCGCUGUUCGUUUGGAAAAACAAACGGAAGGUGCAGAACCUGCUGCCCUGCAAGACGCCCACCCGCGGCCCCCUGAAUGGAGCCAUGCCUCUGGGCGGCGGCACUCUGGGAUCGACGCAUCAUCAUCACCAUCACGGGAUGUACGAGGAUCCCGAUGCGCAUCUGGGUCACCACAGGCCGCUGGUAAUGCACCGGCAUCAUCAUCACCAGCAGCUGCCGCAUCAUCAUCACCACUAUCAGCAGCAUCACUCCGAGCUGCUCCAAGGCAAAAGCAUUCACUACCCCAGCGGCUAUCCCAUGACGCGGUCGCCACCGUUCUUGGUCAGCUCUUCACCUGGACCCGAUCCCUAUCGCUCGAACGACAAUGUCUACGAGGAGCUGGGCCCUGGACGCGUUGACUCCGAUGGCGAAUCAGAGCCCCCACUCCACUCCGACGAUGACUUCGCCGAGGACGAGCUCUCCCUGCCGGGCGAGUGCAGUUUCCAGAAAGAGAAUACUCUUCCAGCUGGCCCAGGUGCCACGCCCUAUCACGAGAGGGCGGCGGGUAGUAGCGUCAACGGAACAGGUGCAUCAGGCGGUGCAGUGCCAGCGAGUAGCGUUGCAGGCGCCACGUCAUUAGUAACUCAGGAGCGGCACAGUGUCCUGAGCAGUGGCUCCUCGACGGGCCAGGAUGCCUCUACGGCCACGGCUUCGUCGGCCAGCAACAAUAAUCACGAAAUGGCUUCGGGCUCCGUUGCCGCCUCAGCUAGACGCACUCCCCGUACGCGACAGCCUAGGUGUUCGCAGGAUCAGGAUCUCAACAACAGCACCUCCACGGCGGAGAUCGCUGACCUGGCUCCCCUGUACGAUAAUCGCAGUAAUCUAAUGGCUCUCGGCUACAUGGCUCGGUCGACGGCCCCGCAGUUCUACAACACCCUGGAGCACGAGGUGGAGCGUCGCAACCGGAUUAAUGCCCAACUCAGCAAGGCGCCCACCCAGCCGCUCUCCACGAUCUACAGGGAACGUAUCCGGUAUCCCAAUGCCACCCAGCAGUACCCGUCGAGUGCGGCCAGUGGUCUGAUGGCGGCUACGAUGCGAGCGCGAACCCAACCGCGGAUGCUUGACCGGCGACUGGCACCUCAUCAGCACCAGCACCACCGCAUCCAUGCCGCUCCCCUGACUCAGGAGCCGGCCUAUGGCUAUGCGGAGCCGAUGUACAAUGCCAACUACUACUACGAGAGUGCCGGAGCGGCCAGGCCCUAUGCCUCCACCCUGCUGCCCGCGACGGGAGAGUACAGACAUCCGUAUGGGGACUCCAGCUUCGGCUCCGAUUCCGGAUACAGCCACCACACGCCUGCCAGUUCGAUUGGACGCCAGGACUACGACCUCGCUGAGCCCCAAAUGCAAGCACCAUCGCAGCCCAGCAAGCCCAGCAAACUGAGUUCAGCCCUGAAUUUCAGUUGGAACCGCAACUCGUCGAGGGCCAAGGCCCUGCCGGGUGGAGCUGUGUCCAAGGCAUCGGGAAACAGCAGCAACAGCAGCGCCGAGGCCACCAGUCCCAACAACAACAGCAGCGCCUGCUCCACCGUCACGUCGCAGUUGGAGAACAACAAUGCGGCGGCCAGUCUCUCACCAGCGUAGAUAGAGUAGUAGAUUAUGUCCUCCCAGCAGAUCCUUGUAAAUAGGGAAGCCCCUGUACAGUUAGUCAUAGCGCGUAAGCUAAGCAUACUGAAUAUUAAAACUGUCCUGCGUGUACAUCGUCAAAGCAAUAGCUAUUUAACCGACUAUAGAUAUGCUUAACUCGAAGCAGAGAGCCCAAAGUUACUGGAUAGGUUUACGACUAUCGAAGAGGGUUGCCGUUGCCAUACCACCAAGUUUUCGCUCUGUUUCAAAAGCAAAAACUUGACGCAAAGCAAAGAACUUAUAGCUCCUAAGUGUUUUUCCAAUGUGAUUGCCAAAUUCUACAAUAUAAUGCUAAACAUAAAUUAGGUCUACGAACAUUAUUUAUAAUGUAUCAUUAAGUUUACGCCUGUAAUGUAUUCCUAAGUUAAACAUUAGUUUUGUUUGUUAUUUUAGUUUUUAAGUGAAGCAUUGAAAGAGGAAAACUGCUAAAGAACAUGAAAAAUGGUUUGGCAGGAAGGUCAACCGAAAAUAUACCAAAAUAUCAUAAAAAGAAUCAAGAAAACAAUGAAUUGGAUUUUUAUUUUUUGCUGAAUUUAAAUUUUUUUUAUUUUGGG